AUGCGGAGCUCUCUGCUCUCCGCAUGUGCCGCUCUUUUCUUGUCCGCUAGCGCGAACGCCUUAGCCGACGCAACAUGGAACGACUACACAUACAUGACCGGUCCCUGGCAGCCUCCCCAGCUAGAGGUGAGCAAGACUGGGGACAUUGACCCGGGCCUGAUCUUCAUUCCCAUCCGAAACAACAAUACCGCCGGCAGUGCGGUGACCAUCUACGACAAUGAUGGUGCUCUCGUGUACCAGGGCCCCGAGGAGAUCACCAUGGAUUUCAAGAUGCAGAAGUUGUUCGGCAAGAACGUGAUUACCUUCUGGUCUGGUGUGCCCAAGAUGUCUGGUGGCUAUGGUUAUGGCACGGUCCAUAUCCUGGACGAGACCUAUAGAGAGAUCUACACUGUCAAACUCACGGGAGACUUCCAGACUGCCAGCGGCAACACCUGGGACUCUUAUAUUGAUGUGCAUGAAAACACUAUUACUCCCCGCAACACUAUCAUCGUCUCGGCCAUCAAUGUCACCCAGCACGACCUCAGCUCUGUUGGGGGUCCAGUUGAUGGCUGGAUGUCCGUCAGCCAGUUCUACGAGAUCGAUAUUCCUACCAAUGAGAUUCUUUACCGAUGGGAUGCUCUCGAGCACCUGGAUGCAAUUCCCCUCUCCGGGUCUAGGAAGUCCGUUCCGCCUAAUGUCUCGCGUGAGUUGCCCUGGGACUGCUACCAUAUGAACUCUGUCGAGACCACCAACGAGGGUUUCUUGAUUUCCAUGCGUUUCUACUGGACCGCGUUCUAUUUGAACCAGAACGGUUCCGUCCGCUGGCAGCUUGCCGUGAGUAUCACAAGAUCCCUCUCCGCACAUCCAAAAGUGAUCACUAACAUUGCAUCUUUCCAGGGCGUCGAUGGCGGUGAUUUCACCGGCGAAGAUGUCCGCUUUUCCUGGCAACACCACGCCCGCAUUCACAACGAAACAGCCGACGCCCUCGUCCUGAGCAUUUUCAACAACGGCAACGGCCUAAGUGUCACUCAGACCGAAUCAACCGGCAUGGCCUUUGAGUUCGACCUAACCAGCAUGACCGGCUCCCUAAUGCACAAUUUGUCCGACCCCACCGACUCAAUCGAGUCCCGGACCCAGGGCAGCUUCCAGUUCCUAGGCGAAGCCGCCACAUCCUCCCACGUUGUCCUGGGCUACGGUUCCACACCCAAGUUCAGGGAGUACGAUGGGGCCGGCAACGUGGUGAUGACCGGCCAGUUUGGUGCCAUGGAUGUUAGCGAGGAGUAUGGCGAGUCCUACCGUAUCUUCAAGUUUCCCUGGACCGCUACUCCUUUCUGGAACCCUGUCGCUGUCGUUGGGCCUUCUGCUCGGCUCUCGGAUUCUGAGGCCACCAUCUACAUGAGCUGGAAUGGUGCUACUGAGUAUGAUAAUUGGGCUGUUUAUUCUGUUCCGUCGAAGAACUCUAAUGCGACGACGUUGCUUACUACUGUUAAGCGCACUGGGUUUGAGUCGCAGGCUCUUGUGAGCACGCUUAACAAUACCUUUGUUAAGGUUGCUGCUCGUAAGGGGAGUACUGUUUUGCGCCUCUCGGAUGCCAUUAGCCUUUGA